AAGUGUAACAAACACAAUUUGGCCCAAAGUAUUUCCCAUUGUUUAAACUAUGUCGUCUUGAAUUCAAACCAAAACAUAAACAGAGGGCAAAAGCACGACUUCAGGAAACUUUAAGUCACACAUGUGUAGUUUACCCCACCAGUUGUUGGAGUAAUUAGUUAGCGCUGGCUCGUCAGUCAUCGGAGGUGUAAAUCCACUCAGUCAUCAUGCCAUCAGUCAUCAGCUCCCGCUGCUGCUCCAGUCAGUCACCGGGGCGGGUCUCGAUCCGGAUGGCGCUCUGUUCGACACUCAUACUGAAACGACAGAGACAUGACUGUGAUACCUGUAGAUCUCAACUGAAAUGCCAUUUAGUUAUAUAACCUGUAAAACAAUUCAUUUUCGACGCGGAUUUGUAACGCAGAUACUCUGACAGAACAGCGAUGUUUAUCUUCGUAUAUUGAAUUCGACGUGACACGUAAAAUGACGAGACACUUAAUCAAGCUCUUUUGGGUUUUUGGGAUUAUUUAUAAUAUUGAAGGUUCCAGGCCUGUUCCAGAUAUCGGCCUCCCACGUAUCGUCCACCAUCCCUCAGAUGUGGUGGUCCGGGUGGGAAGUCCGGCCACACUGUCCUGCAGGGCAGAGGGCAACCCUGAGCCCACCAUCCAGUGGCUCAGAAAUGGCCAACCUCUUGACACAGACAAGAUGGAUGCGCAGUCACAGCCUAUCGUUUUGCCAGAAGGAAGUUUGUUCUUCUUCAGUGUCUCCCUUGGUCGAAAGAGUCAGUCCCAUGAAGCGGUGUACGCCUGUGUGGCUCGCAACAGUGCAGGGGUCGCGACGAGCAGAAAUGCCUCCCUUCAUAUAGCAGCCCUGCGAGAAGAGUUCCGUGUGCAGCCCAGUGACGUGGAGGUGGCGGUUGGUGAGGUGGCUGUGAUGAACUGCAGCCCACCUCUUGGACAUCCUGAGCCCAACGUCACCUGGAGGAAAGACGGGAUCCUAAUCAACAGCAGUAAUGAACAUUACACUGAACUGAAUGGUAAACUGAUCAUUGCUCCGGCCCAGAAGAAUGACUCUGGAGUUUACAGCUGUAUAGCCUCAAACAUAGUUACAGUGAGAGAGAGCAGAGCGGCUCGGCUGUCUGUAUUGGCUAAGCCAGUGUUACUGCGUAAACCAGACGAUGUUUCAGUGCAGCUUGGAGCAUCUGCACAGUUUUUCUGUGAGGCCGAUGGAGACCCCAUGCCUUCUGUAGAGUGGAGCCGAGAAAAAGGACCUCUACCCAAUGGCAGAUAUUUAAUCAACCCCGACCACAGUCUGCAAAUCCACUAUGUGACGGCUCAGGACAUGGGCAGGUACACCUGCACUGCGGAAAAUAAGCUUGGGGUGUCUGUAGCCAGCGCACAGCUUCUUGUAGAGGACAUAGGAAGCACCAGACUGAGAGACCUACACAAGGAGCUUUCUGCCUUACGCGUGAGCCUGGAGAACGUCACAGUUAUGAGUACCGCCUCCAACAUGUCUCAAGUCAUGUGGAGGUUGCAGUCGUCUGCAGUGUCACAGCCUCAUUAUCUUGAAGGAUUCGAGGUGCUGUAUCGCUCUCUCCUGCCGGCCAGCUCAGACUGGACAGCUCAAAGGGUUCCUCAGCCUGGCCUUCACACACAUGUGGGACCUCUGAAGAGAGGCUACAAAUAUGAGUUCAAAGUCCGACCCUACGGCAGCAGCCUGUAUGGCAGGGAGAGCAACACCAGACACUUACGAGUGCCAGAGAUAGUCCCCAGCGCACCACCUCAGGAUGUGUCCAUAACAAUGCCCACUGACCGUAACGACACUGUGCACCUCAGCUGGGAGCCUCCACCUCAUGACGCUCACAAUGGAAUCAUUCAGGGAUAUCAGGUGUGGUGUGUGGAGUCAGAGGAACAGAAGUCUUUUAACUGGACGGUGGACAGUGGAACACACAGUAUUGAGAUCAGCACACUGCAGCCCGGAAAGCUGUUCUGGGUCACGGUGGCUGCUGUUAAUGGGGCAGGAGUGGGGGUCCAAAGUGACCCAUACAAACUACUCAUAGAGUUGAGGCAGGAGGCGACACCGUAUCAGACAGGCAUACUCAGUAUGUCUCAUUUCCUUGCUGUGAUUAAAGAGCCGGUAUUCAUUGGCAGCGUUGGCACCCUCCUGUGGUGUAUUUUGAUGAUUACUGCCGUGUUUUUGUACAGGAGACAUGCCAGACCCACCAACCUGGGAGGCAAACACUCAGGCUUGUAUAGACUGAAAAGUGAAGAUCUCAUCAUCAAACACAGAAUGGCGGCACCAGACUCUCCGUGGAUCUCUGGAGGCUGGAGGCCAGAUUCCAGCAGUGAGCCCAAGCAGGGCCUUUGGAACCCGAGUCAAGAGAACUCCGGCUUCCGGAGGACAACUCUGCCCAUUAUGGCUAAAAAGGACCCCAACCCCCUGCGGUCAGCCGUCCCGAUUGUACCAGACAAUUGCGGCGUCUAUGGCACCUUUUAUGUGGAUCUAACCGGCAACGGACUGAAGACGUUUAAUAGUCCAGGUCGCUGUCCCAGAAUGCCUCACGGCAAAUCUCAGCUGCAUAGCUCCGAGACCGUUCGGAUCACCGAACCCAUCGUCAAAACUGCCGUCGUGAGGGAAGUGCAGGCGUUGCCAUGGAAACAUGCCCUCCCUGCCCAGCCCAACAUGGGAGUUCUGAAGGAAUCGUGGGAGAAAAAUUACAAGCGUGAGCUGCAUGCGGUAAAAAGUGCCCCGUUAAUGCCCGUGAGUCAACAAGCACUGGCAGUAUGCAGUGCACCGAGUAACCAUCAGCAAAGAUUCAGUCAGCACCCUGCAGGUGGUGUAUCAAAGCCUGUGAAGCCGCCGAGUUCUCCUCGUAUCCUACACUACUCUGCUUCUCUGCAGCUUGUGGACAUGUUACCCAGCCCUGCGCCUCUUCCUAUGGAGGACGACCACAGCCUCAGCUCAGAGGAAGAGUCUACCAGAUCCACUAAGUUGACAGUUGACAUCGGAUCUCAGCAGUCUGUUUGUGCUGCCUCUGGGCUCCAGGGUCCCGCUAUGGUUACUACAGGCUGUCCAACCCAGCACAGCCCAGCCCAGUCAAGCCCGACCUACAGCCACCUGUCCACAGCCUCCUUCUGUCUCUCCACUGACGACUACCAGGACACCACGCUCAGUACUCAGGGCCACACUCAAUACAUGGAGAUCAGCCCCAAGCCACAGGGGCAAAGUUCUCCUUCAAUGCCACGUCCGUUCUCUCCCACACCCACGUUUGGUUACAUCUGUGGGCCCGCCGACCGGGAGAUGGAUGACGAGCAGGAUUCUCAGGCAGUCAGCUUUAGAAGAGCCACACUGAGGAGCACGCCCUCAUCUUGUUGUAGCGAAUGGGAGGGUUCGUUGUGGAACGGCUGGGGUUCAGUGUCCGAAAGCAAUGUGACGAGCGCUCGAACCAGUAUCAUCAGCUCUUCUGACUGUUCGUUCAUAAACGAUGCAAACUUUGCCCGCGUCCUGGCUAUGACAGCCGAAUCCAUGACUGGUACUUUAUCAGAUUUCUCCCCGCCUGCAUCCCCCCUGAGUGUUCUGUUCCCCCCUCGAGAGUGUUUUGGAGAGUUGGAGCCGCUGCCCGUGUGGGACUGGAGCACCGCGUGGGUGGAGGAGUUGGAGGCCCAGUUUAAAGCCUCAAGAGAGGCCAGAAGAACCCCCACAUCUAGCCGACACUCAGGCAUUGAGCACUGGAGAGGUCAUCUGGAGACCCCCUCACACCGAUGAUUGACUUGCACAUGCCUAGAGGUCGUUUAUGGACUACAUUUCCCUGCGUUCCUCAGGUCAACCCCCCUUCCUUGUAGUUUUGACGAGCUUGGGUAUUUAGCAGGGUCAAUUAAAUAGAAGAACACACUGCUGCAAGGUACAGUAGGUGCAGUUUAUAUGCCACUUUCCAUAUGGACAGUUGAGUUGUACCACACCAUAAUAAAGACUAUUGUACAGGACGUUCAUAUUGGCAUUCAAAGAAAUGUAAAUAAACCAGUUUUAUUUAAUAAUCCUCCACAUACGAUUUUAUAAAAUCAUAUACGCUUUUAUAUGACAGAGUUAUCUAAAAAACACAGGAAAUGUUAUACAAGACGUUUUUGUAUUUUUGGAGACCUUUUUUAUUAUUUUAUAAUUCGUAUACAUUUCUUUUUCAUUUUUUUUAUUUUGCAUUGAAAAAUGUAAGUUAAUUUUGCAGUUGAAUUGGAAUAUAAUUGAACUAAAUGUUAGCAAUUUUAGAUCAGUUUUGAAAAUUUUAUUUUUAUUGUUGAUUAUUGUUUUUGUUUUGUUUUUUGUAUGAACGUAGUUUGUUGAGUAGACACUGUUUUAGCUGUCCAUUUUUUUUUUUUUUACGUACAUUAUAAAUAUUCCUCAGAAUUGCUGCACUACUAAAAAGCCACAGUUUAAUUACUUCUAUUUUUACUAAUUGCCUUUUUAAAGUUAAUAAAAAGAUUAUAAAUGAACAUUUUAAUCUCAAGUAUCUGCCUCUUGGAUCACUAUGACAUAUGUUAGUGUUUGUUGCAUUUGUGUCCAACUGUCUUGUAGUUAAGGGAGCACAAGAGGUCUGUCAAGAGAACAUGUACGGCCGUCCAGAGCGCUAAUCCUCACCGCAAGCCAGCACAACCAAGUCAGGCAACCAUAGACACCCGCUGGACACACACACACUCACAGAAAACACAAGUGACCAUGGCAUGACUGCAGAGGGAUUAUCGCUUGUACCCUUCUUUCUCUCCCUAUGGCCAUAUGCUUGGCACAAAAACACACCGCCCCCAUUACACACUUUUAUGCGUGUGCGCACAAACACACUGUUCGGAUCUACAGCCUUGAAUUU